AUGUCUGUGACAACAACUUCCACCACCUCCUCCGCAUCGGCCACCUCCAGCUGCCAUGCCAAGCUAUACGACAUCCCAACCCACGACGCAGCGUGCGCAAUGCCAAUGCAGAGCAACAACUCUGCCAUUAUGAGCAGCUGCUGUUCCGACGCGUCUGUCAUUGAAUAUGACGGCUGCGACUACUACUGCCUGGCCCAGGGACAGAGUAUUGGCACCCUUGCCGAGUGCCUGAUCAAGGCCUCUGAGGCUGGCGAGGUGUGGUGCAACACCAACGCCAAUGCCACCGCUACUGCGACAGCCACGGCUACCGGAACUGGCGUCGUAACUCUGAGUGCCUCGACCACUGGCGCGGAUUCUACCAGCUCGAGCACCUCGACUGGUUCCACUGCCAGUUCGACUGCCAACGCGGCUGCUGGUGUCUUUUCUCCUCAGCCACUGUCGAAGUCUGCCAUUGGCAUGGUUGGCAUUCUUCUGGCCGGGUCUGUGGCAGGUCUUUUCCUUUAA